AUGUGCCGCUUUUUGCUGUACAAGAGUAAUUCGCCCAUUUUGCUGGCCGAUUUGCUGACGCGCCCGGCGCAUUCAAUAAUUAUGCAGUCGUUCAACUGCAAACUGCGUAUCGACCGGCGGCGGCCCAUGAACGGCGACGGGUUCGGCAUCGGGUGGUACGACGAGCCGCGCACCAACGGCUGCAUCUUCACCUCGACUCUGCCGGCCUGGAGCAACAUCAAUCUGCAGCGGCUGGCCGAGAAAAUCAAGAGCGCGCUGGUGUUUGCACACGUGCGCGCGACAACCGGCGACACGGCGACCAGCGAGUCCAACUGCCACCCGUGGCAGUUUGGCAAUCUGAUGUGGAUGCACAACGGCAACAUUGGCGGCUUCGAUCGGAUCAAGCGGCGGCUGCAGAACUCGCUGCGGGAGGAGGUCUACCUGUCGCUGCAGGGCACAACGGACUCGGAGCAUGCGUUUGCGCUGUUUCUGAAUAUGCUGGAUGACCCCGAGCACAGGGAUGAGUUUUCGCACGCCGAGCUGCGGCAGGCGAUGUUGCGGACGAUUGCGCAGCUGAACCAGUGGCUGGAUGAGGCGGGCGUGGAGGAGACAUCGCUGAUGAACUUUGCCGUGACCGACGGGCAGUCGGUGGUGUGCACGCGGUACAUCACCAGCGCAGAGUAUGAGGGCGCGUCGCUGUUCUACUCGUCCGGGUCAGAGUUCAGAUCGGAUCCCGAGACGGGCCAGUACCGCAUGGUGAAGGCAAACAAGCGCGAGGACGUGGUGGUCGUUGCAUCGGAGCCGCUGACGUACGAGAGAUCAGACUGGAUGGCCAUGCCGACGAACACGCUGCUGGUGAUUACGCCCAAGCUGAAUGUGCAUCUGUACCCGAUCCGGGACAAGUACUGGACAAACGAAAAGCGCCAUGCGUAA